UCCGCCUCCGCCGCCGCCUGCGCGCAGAGCCAGGCCCGACAGGCCCGGGCGAGGAGAGCCGCCGACAGAGGGACGCGAGCAGCCAUGGCCGAAGCGGCGCCCGCCCGGGCUCCAGAGAAGGACAAGCAAACAGGGGACGAAAGUCCUUCGACACCUUCUUUGUCACCCCAGCCAGCUGCUGAGAAGAACUCAUACCUAUACUCCACGGAGAUCACACUGUGGACUGUGGUGGCUGCCAUCCAGGCCUUGGAGAAGAAGGUGGACUCCUGUUUGGCCCGCUUGCUGAAUCUGGAGGGGCGGACGGGGACGGCCGAGAAGAAGCUGGCCGACUGUGAGAAGACGGCCGUGGAGUUCGGGAACCACAUGGAGGGCAAGUGGGCCGUGCUGGGGACGCUGCUGCAGGAGUACGGGCUGGUGCAGAGGCGGCUGGAGAACAUGGAGAACCUACUGAGAAACAGAAACUUCUGGAUCCUGCGCCUGCCGCCGAGCAGCAAGGGGGAAGUCCCCAAGGUGCCCCUGACCUUUGAUGACGUGGCCGUGUAUUUUUCUGAGCUGGAGUGGGGCAAGCUGGACGAGUGGCAGAAGGAGCUGUACAAGCACGUGAUGAGGGGCAACUAUGAGAUGCUGGUGUCCCUGGAUUAUGCCAUCUCCAAACCAGACAUCCUAACCCAGAUGGAGAGGGGAGAGAAGCCUUGUCCCGAAGGCCUGUGGGGCCACGAGGAGGGGAGUGAGAGAGAGGCAGCACGCCCCAGGAGGCCCAGCCCUGGCCUCCCUCCACACCCAGAGCACAUCCACAGCCCCAUCAGCCCCACCCAGGACGAGCCAACCGAAGGGCAGGCCCCCAAGCACCAGCAAGACUCAGAAGCAGGGGCAGCCAUGGCGGGAGCGAGCACCGGGACACCAGCCUCGGUUAAACAGGAGGAAGACUCUUCAGGUGGGGAGUCUCCAGCCCCCCCUCCCACGGACAGCCUGCCCAGCAGGGGGCCAGGUGGUGGCGGCGUGGUCGUCAAGACAGAAGCACAAUCGGAGGACGAGAUGAUGCCCGCGCAGCUCUUCCUGGGGGAGCCCCGGAGCCAGACCGUGUGUAGAAUGCCCAAAAGGCCCAGGAGCAGGCCUGGGGGCCCUGGCCGCCUUCAUGCCGCCGGAGUGCCACGGGUGCGGGCGGGGGACCCGCGGCCGGGAGGGGUGGCCGGGGAGCCGCCCCGCAUCCUCCCUCGACGGCGGGAGCGAGCCUUCCCCUGCCCCGACUGCGGGCAGAGUUUCCGCCUGAAGAUUAACCUGACCAUCCACCAGCGGAGCCACGUGGAGGAGGAGCACCGGGAGGCUCCGGGGAGCUCGCCCACCGCCUGGGGGGAGGAGCACUCCACGCUGGAGCCGGGAGAGGUGGUGGUGCCCGGCCCCGUCAUCCGCUGGCUGCCCGAGGAUCCCGGGGGGCGCCGCUCCCUGGCAGGCCGGCCCUUCGUGGGGCGCAGGCCGGCAGCCAAGGUGUACCACUGCAGCGAGUGUCUGCGCUUCUUCCAGCAGCGCAAGAGCCUGCUGCUGCACCAGCGCCUGCACACGGGCGACAGCCAAGGCUGGCCCUCCUGUCACUACUGCGGCAAGGCCUUCCGCCGGCCCUCCGACCUCUUCCGGCACCAGCGCAUCCACACGGGCGAACGGCCGUACCAGUGCCCCCAGUGCGGCCGGGCCUUCAACCGCAACCACCACCUGGCUGUGCACAUGCAGACUCACGCCCGGGGCCAGGCGGGCCCGCACUGCCCCGCCGCCCCCGCCCUCCCCGGGAGCUCGCCCCCGCCCGGGCCCGGCCUAACUGAGGAGGGCUGACCCGGCGGGAGCCCGCGGGGGCGGCGCGGGGCCCCUUCGGCCCUCCUGGGCUCUCCCCGCGGGACCUCCGUCCACCCGCAGGCCUUUCCCCUCGUGCCUGACGCUGGUUCCUCAUUCUGGGAAGCUUUGGAGAGAUUUUUUUUUUUCAGUCAGACGGGAAGUGGCGGCCUUUUUGGCGACUGUGUGAGUGUGUGUGACCAGAUGCCUCAGUUUCCCGUUUCCUAAGUUUGUCACUCUUUGCUGCCUUUUCGACAUUCCUGACUUAUUAAGGAUCCUUGAAGGUGAAGAGGAUGCCCAGUGUGGGUGAGAGCCUUUGGCAGGUACGGGAGACAGGCAGCAGGACUGGAGACGGUGGCCGGUGCAGUAGGGGCCGUGGGGACACCGAGGGCCCGUGGUUUGUCACAGCGGAGUGAACAGUUUGAAGAGUAGGCACUGGAAAUGUGAAUUUCCUUCUUUGUUAUUGUGAAAUCUCCACCACCGCCCCCUCCCCUUAUGGAGCUUUUCUAGUGCUUUUGUAAGUAUUGUGUGUGGUUGCAAAGGGGACCAGGAGCCCCGAGGGGCAUGGAUUCUUCUGCCAGCUCUGCAUGUGGGGACGGCCGGGUCCGCAUCAGCCUGGACGCUGGCAGGGACGCCUUAGCUGCCGCCCUGGAAACUGGGUGCCUUCCCAGGUAUGCGAUUCCCAGCAUUCCAACAUCCAUGAUUGAUUUUGGUUAUUAGUUGAGGAAGCAAGUCAGGAGUGGGUGAUGCCUCCCCCAAGGUCUCAGUGUUAAUGGGGACGCACGCUCCUUGGUGGUGGUAGGGGGGCCAUUUGAGGGGAGGGGUGCAGACUCAGUCAUAGGAGGCUUUUCCCCCGACAGGAAGAUCCCGAGGCUGGUCAGUUAACCUGGCAUGGGCCGCCGGGCCUGACUUGUCACAUUAAAAGAGGGAUGUGUUUCCGAGAACCUGGGGCUGGUAGCAGAGAAAGGCCAGAUCGGGGUGAAUUUUUCUCAACCACUUCCAGCCUCGUGUCCCUCACCUGUCAGAGGGGGUACUGACCCCAGCGCAUCCUACCUCACCUUAGCAUUUUCAGGGUCAUAAAAGACUUAGAGGCAAUGGGGCAAAUAGGAAGCUUGGUUUUGUCCUGCGAGUUUGAGGCCCUCUCUCUGUUCCAUUGCAGUCCUUUCUCCCAGCCAGAAUCCCUUUAUUUUCUGGAGUGAGUGGAAGGUCCCUUGGGUGCAGAGUGAGGUAUGACUUUUCCAUCAGGCUACAUCCCUUAUGAGCCCUUUGUAUUUCAGGGGAACAAAUUCUUAACCAAAGCAACGAGGUUCAAGCCAUGGAAGUUCAAACAAUAGUUAUCAGGCCUCCUGGAAACGCCUUGAGGGCAGCCAGCAUCUUGUGCCUCUUUAAUGACAUCACUGUGGGUGCUACUUAGAGACCAGCCCUUGGUUUGGGUGACCUUCAAACUGGAGUCAUGGGUCCUUAGCUGUUCUGAUGGUUGUCUUAUUCUUCGGGCACUACGUGCAGUGGCCAGCAUUCAGGCCUGCUUCCCGGUGCCCUUAUGACCCCCUCUGACCCUCACGCGUCUCCCAAAGUCAUGAACAGCGUUGGGGGCAGAUGGGAACACUGCCAUGACCUGUGAGGCAAGAGUGACUGUACAAGUCUGUGCGAGCUCAGCCACACUCCGCCGGGCUUCGGAAGAAGAGGUGCCACCCGUUCUUGCUUGUCUGGUCUGACACCCCCAACCAGGGCCCCCACAGAUCAGGGCUGGGCUCUUGACGGGAUAUGGUGCAGAUGGAGCUGCUCCGAGCCUACCCCUCAGCGCCCAGAGCUUGCCUCGGGUGUUUCCUGGGGACGCCUCAAGGCUCAGAGUUCCUAGGCCUCUCUAAUGCUGAAAGCCCUGUGUAAGAUACAGGUACUCCGGCGGGUGCAGAGUGCCGGGUGCCCAGCUAGGCCUGGGGAGUUUUCCUGGACCUCAGUGCGUGUUCAAAGAACAUUCCUUACACUGAAACGAGUCAACGGAUGGUGCGUGGUGCAGGGGCAGAACGGUGCUCCAGCGCCCUGGAGACUAGCGCUUGGCUGGUCUCAAACCCCCUCCGAGCUCUGGGUCUCUGGGUCUGGGCUUCCUCCUUUGUAAACAAGGACGGGUGGGGUCCUGGUGCUAAAGGCCCUUCAGAACUGUGACGGGGGCGGCCCUUUGCCUUCAUCGGUGCUCAAUAAAUAUGUGGGACUCAA